UCCGGAUGUGGAUUUAUUUCCUGGUCAGCACGUGAUAUGCUUCAAAUAAAUACAUUUUAACUCCUUGAAGUGUUUAAUAGGCGGAAGCAUUAAUUGGGAGUUUCCAUUCUUUUUCUUUUUAAAUUCUUUCGUUUAAAAGAUAAAAAACAGUAAAUGCGGAGAUUUCUCAAUCCUGCCAUAUAAAAUGGAAGCAUAUUUGAUAGUUCAGUGACUGAUUUUGUUAGACAUGGAUAAGGAGUACAAGAGAAAUCCGCCAACCAUAAGGAUGGAUUCACCGGAGACGGUCUUUGACAAUGACAUUUCUGGGUCUGAACCAGAAGACAAUGGCAUUAAUUAUAGUUCUGUGCCAGCAAACCCAGUACGUGACAAACUGUACGACGGACAUGCCAGUGAUUUAGUUAAUGAUCAAAUACAGACAAAAAGAUUAGAAAUGGAGUAUGCGUUGUUAGAAGAGGAAGAUUAUGCCACAUCUUCUUUACGUCGCCUUCGUAUUGCAAAGGAAAAUGUACCAACUGGUAGUUUUGUGGAUCAGACUAAAUCAAAUAGAGACUUUUCCAAGGUUGAGAAGAUCAAUGGUGACAUUGUAUUAAAAACUAAACUAAACAAAAAUAACAAAGACAACCUAACACAUGGAUGGACUUUAAAUGAAGAUGACUUAUUCUGUGUACCUGUGGUACUAAACAAGACUCGCGUUCAGGAAUAUAUGACACGCAAAGUAGACGGAUGUGAGCCCGGAAGAAGAAAUAAAAUGCAUAGAAAAGGAUCAGAACUUCAAAUGAUGGCAUCAUUUAAAAUGACGAUAAAUCAACUGAGAGAUGUGAUAGGAAAUAAAGGUUUAGUUCCUCAUGAUGUGUUCCCGGACGGCAAUUGCCUGUUUGCUGCAGUAGUUGAUCAACUACGCAUCCGUGGAGACUUCAGUUUCACAACGCACACCUUGAGACAGUCAGCUGUGAAAUAUCUCAAGGAAAAUCCAUUCACAGACGACGGAACACCUAUAGAAAUGUUCCUCACAGAUGAGGUACCCUGGGAGACAUACCUUUCGCUUAUGAGUGAAGAUGGUGCUUGGGGUGAUCACAUAAUUCUCGGUGCCUUGACCAACGUAAUAAACAAGCAGAUUCUCAUUUACAGUGGAACGACUGGCGAAAGAGAAACCAUCAUGUGCCCUAAAACCCUUAAACACAAAAUAGGUCUUUCCGAGACAGACAAUCAAGCAUUAGAUGAAGACAAUGUUGUAUAUGUAGGACACGUUAAGGAAUCCCAUUAUGUCAGUCUUCGACCAAAACGUUGGAAACAAAGUCUUCGGAAAGGUUUAACUAAAAGAAGACUUUCCUCGAAAGCUGCACAUGCAGACGAUAGUUUGGUUAAAUGCCCUGUGCGUCAUAUCGACCUCAUACUUAGACAAACGUUUCGAAUGGGCUUGGUUGAAAGUAUCUGCUCUGAUGAUGUAAACACCUUGAUUCCGAACCGCAUUGAAACAAACGAUGAUAUUACAGAAAUAUUCGGGUCACUAAUUUGUAAACUGGUUCCUCGUAAUAUCAAAUCUGAAUGUUUUGAGUCUGAUAUGAGUAUGGUUUUCCCAUCCGGACAAGAGACAGAGAAAAACGUUUCCAGUUUUCAAAAAGCCGUUCAUACAAUAUUACAAACCCCAAAAGAUACAAACAUUGUAUCAACAACAGCUUCUUCAAAAUCUAUGGACUUAAUUGCCGAAAAUAGCGAGGCUGUUGUGGGGCAAUUAAUGCUUAUACCAAAAAACCGGAAAUUAUGGCGGGGACAAACGACAGCAUUGAAAGAUGAAACCACGUACUUGAAAGCAUUUGAAGUAAACUUUAACUGGUCAAGUGACUUGUUCAAGUCGAAAAUGUCCAAUAAUUCCUUUGACAUGCAUUUUAUGCUGGGUUUCCAUUGUGUCUGGCCAGACGUUGCAGACCAGUGGCCACGUCGUCAUCGGGAAAGCGGAUUUCCGGAAGAGCAUACAGUAAAAUCAAUCGUGGAGAGUGGAUGUCAUGUCAUUCCUAUGACAUUAGAUACAAGAAUGUCGGACAUACUUGAUGACCCUAUAUAUUUCAUGGCAUUUGCAGAUGACCAUACUUGGUGUUACUCAUUCGCUGCUGCUGAAAAGGAAAUUAGUCGGGUCCUCUCAACUGAACAAAGACAGUGUUUUCUGAUCUUCAAAUCAUUGAUCGAUACUGUACUCAAAGACAUUCCACUUCCGGUCUCAGUCGUGAAGAGUAUUUUCUUUUACGCAUGUGAAAAUAUUGAAAAGUCAUCUUGGAAGUCAAAACCCGGCGAAUGCAUUUUGAUACUUCUGAAGAAAACUGUUGAGUGUUUCAAAAAUCAGCAUGUUCCACACUACUUCAUGUGCGAGAAAAACUUGCUAAAAUUAAUACCCGAGGAAACUACUGAUGAAUGUUAUGAGAGGCUUGACUGUGUCCGGCUCCAACCUAUGGUUACACUUUACUUCAUGUUGGACCAGCUUGAUGUCAUGUCGUCGGAAAUUGGAAGUUUGGUAGAAGAAAUCAUUGAGAACACAAAUGAGAAUACAUGCACCUUUACAGGAGUACAUACUUCAAGCCAGCCGUUACUUACCGUGAGCAGAAAACUUCUGAGAGAUUUAAUUCUACAUGAGGAUUACAAAACUGCUAUUUUGGUAUUUCAAGACAUUUUAGAAGAGAAUGAAAUCAGUUUGGAAAGAAAUGGCAGCGAUCUGAUGAAAAGUGUAUUGUGGGGUUUGGACAUAGGCUAUCCUUGGUGCUUUGCACUGUAUGUUGAUAUAAAGCAGAAAACAAAUUUGGCCUUACAGGUAUGCGAGGGAUAUGGCACGAUUCAUGUCACCGAAUUGUUUGGUCCUGGUUGCAUUGGAGAUUUACCUAACACGUUAGUCCCUGAAUGUUUCAGUAUUAGUAGAGGGAAUUUAACAUUUGCCAGUAUGAUUACUGGAGUAUUGUUACAAGCUGUUAGUGGGAAGAUGUUCAUAAAAUGCGUAAAGUAUUACCUGAUGAGAUAUAGUAAAUUGGCUGGAGAGGCACUUAUCCUUCCAGACUGGGUUCCUGUUAAUGAUGCAAGGGUGAGCAAUAGCAUGACAGGUACACAGAUUGAUAUGGCGGCAGUGUCAUCUGUUGCGAUGUCAACAUCACGCCUUUUCCAGUUGCAUUCCCUAUAUGUAUGCCUAUUCAAUUUUUGUAAACGUGCUUACAGAGUUGAAGAAUUUCGGGAGAUGAUGCCAGCGUUCACAGAAAUCGCGAACAGAAUAGGCACACCAAUGACAAUCCAAAACAUACGGAUAAUGUGGAAUAGUCUCGAUGCAAACAAAAAGGUCGGAACGUGGUGGCGGUAAUGUAGAGAAUUCUUUUGACAAAAUAUCAGGCAGACCAUUUAGUGAAUGUCAGUUACCAACUGAGUCAGCAGUAUGUUCAUACGGAAAGUGAACUCCUUUCGUACAAACAAUAUUUCAUAACAAGUAGAAUGAAAUAUACAUAUUGGACAAGAAAACUAUUUCCUAACAGCAAACAAUGAGGAGAUAAAACAUAAUAUUUACAGUCUUGUAUAUCUAAUAUUAUAUCUAAAUAAUAUGUUAUCACUCACGUUUGUUACCACAGCUGCUGUACAGGUUCUAACUAAAAUAAAAUACUACACUUGUA